AUGCAUAUCACUCCAGUUUCUCUUUUAAAUUUUGAUUAAACUAAAGUCAGAGAUCCAAUUAUUAAUUCCCCAAGAUCAAUUGAAGCUUGUAGAAGAUAAGGAAUUAGACCAGAACAACUGAUUAUGAAAAGUUUAUACGAUUUGAAAAGAGAAAAUAAAAAUUUAAACUUAGAUGAACAAGCUUGGAAAAUAUUUCUUUAACAUGAAGAAGAUAAAAGAUAAGCUAGAGUAUCUGUAUUAAUAGCAGAGAGAGAAGAGAUUAUUUCACAAUAGAAAGAUGAAUAUGAGAAUGAAAAGUUUGAGAGGAUUGAUUUAGAAAAGGAAAGAAAGAGAAUGGAGAUGAUAAAAAAUAGAAGAUAAAAAUAAAUGUAAAAGGCAUUAGAUGAGGAAAUAAAAACAUAAGAGUUAUAGAAUCAAUUAAGAAAAAAAGAAAUGGAAUUGAAAGAGAGAUAAAAUGAAUAACGUUAAGAAUUAGAAUAAAGAAAGAAGGAUAAAAAGAUUGAAGAAUAAUUUAGAAAAUAAUAAAUUGAAUAUUAAGAGCAUUUAAGAAAAUAAAAAUUAUAUGCAGAAUAAGAUCGAUUAAAAUAUGAAACUACUCAUAAAAUAACACCAUAAUAAAGAAUUUAAUAAGAGAAAGAACUUAAGAAGUAAAAGAAUAAAAGAGAUAAAUAAUUAAAGAAAGCAUAGGAAGAGAGAGAAGAAAAGGAAAGAGUGCAUUAAUAAAUGCUUGAAUAAUUAUAUGAGGCAAAAUUAUAAAAAAUGGAAUAAAGAGAAGCUAGACGCCAGAUCUUAUUAGAAGAAGAGAAAGAACUCAGAUAAUAAUUGAUUUAAGAAAAAUAAGAAGAAGCAAAUUAUAGAAGAGAUGAAAAUAAGAGAAGGGCUUAACAUUAAUUAAAUUAAGUGUAUUUGAAUUUUUAAUAAAAAUAAUUGAAUGCUGAAUAAAAAUUGAUUGCAAAAUAAAAGGAAAUUGAAUUGUUGAAUAAGGAAUAGGAUAUGAAAAGAGAUAUUCAAAAAUUAAAAAGAUAAGAGAUAUAAAAAAAGAAUACAGCUUAACAAGAAAAAAGAAAAGAUGAUCUGAUGUUUAAAUUUAAAGAAAUUGAAGAUAGAUUUAAAAUUAAUGAAAUGGAUAGAGAACUAACAUUACAUCAAAGAAGAUAACUUUAAGAAGAAAGAGAACACUAUAGAUAAUAAGUAUUAUUGAAUUAAAUAUUUUAGUUAUUAUUAAAAAAUGAUUAAGAAUUAGAAAAAAAAUGUGAAAAGAUUAGUAUGUAAAGAGAAGCAAAAGAAUUAUAAGCACUAAAAGUAUUAAAAGAAAGAGAUGAUAUGAUUAAAGAAAAACACCUUAAAGAAUUACUAAGAAAAUAGGAAUAAGAAGAAACUUAAGAAAGAAUGAUGAGAAUAAGAGAUUAUGAAAGAGAGUAAUUGAAAAAGAAAGUAGAAGAAAAAUCUUAAAGAAGAGAUUAAUUAAUAAAAGAAAAAAUAGCUUCAGAGAAACAAAAAUAAGAAUAUAAGAAAGCUCAAAUUAUGGAAAAAGAAUAACUUAAAAAAGAUUUAGCUGAAUUAUUAAAAGAACAAUAAUAAUAAGAACCUAAACAUAUAAAUGUACAACACAAAAAAAGACCUGAGAGUGCUCCUUAAAAGGGUAAAGCAUUGUAAGAAUAAUAGUAAAAAAAUAAGCCAAUUGUAAUGGCUCCCUAUGAUAUAAUGACUAAAGAGAAACAAAUCUAAGAAUUAAAAAUUAAAUAAAAUCAAGAAUUGUUAAAUGUAAAUAUUUAAAAUAAAUUAAAUUUAGCUUUUGUAAGAAGAAGAAAAUAAAGAGCUUGAUAGAUAAAAAUUAUUAAGGUAAGUUGAUGAUCCAAUUGAAAGAAUGCGACUUGAAAAAAUAUUAGAGUUUGAAAGAGCUUUAACAUAAGAUCGACUUGCAUAAUUAGACAAUAAACAUCAAAAAGAAUUAGAAAAAUUUGAAUGA